UUUGUUUGCCUGCCGUGACGGCAGUCCUGUGAAUACUGUUUUAUCGACGUCUCCAAACGGCAAGAGCAAAACAUAUCAUGGCUGAAUAUGGUGGUCUUCUGAUUAACAAUGUCUCGAGUUGUGCCAAAGCGGUCAAAGUAGAAAAUAAGUUGUAUGGCAGGCAAUAUUAAUGGUGAGGCAUAGUGACAGAACUUGUGAACAAAUCCUCUGUAGUGGCCUUUGAGUCUACAGUGCUGCGUUGUACCCAUUGUGUAUAUGGCAUGAUAGAGCCUAUGAUAAUGGGCAUAAGUCUACAAGACAUCCUAUUACUGCACAACUAGAAAUAACAGUACUCGAAUGCUACGAGCGUAUUCUUGUAACUAACUGCGAUACAUCUAACAGUGGCAUAUAUCAAUUAAAAAGUCCCAUGCCAAGGUUACGAAGGAAUCGUAGGAUUGAAACCAGGUGGGGUGUUAAAUAUUAUGCAGCAGUGAAAAAUGCUGUUUUUAUAUCAUCUCAGGCACAUGCUUACGUGCCACCACCACCACCCCUGACUGUGAAGGAAUGUUUUCCAGAAUGCGAGAACUUGUACAUGUGUACACAGUGCCAAGACUGCUUUCACUUCCGAGGCAGUUUCGAAGAUCACAUCGCGAGAAAGAGUUGGAUUCUAGGAUAUUGGUGUCAUGACUGUUUCGUGACUACUUGCAAACACAAUUCUAUGGAAGGUGAACUAUGCUCGGGAUGCAGGCAAUCAGACAACGAGAAACGGUUUUAUUUGAAACAUCAAGGCUUGCGUAGAGAUCAGAAGCACGGAGCAGUGAGAGUGUUUUAUAAUCAAUGCCAAUUCUUUGCGCAUUUGAAAGCCCACAAUGUAAAUUUAAAAGCUCAAAACGUGUACAUGGGCGAUUUGAUGUUGAUGCCUUUACCGACAAACAUGGACGCCUGGAGUCCCGAAAUAGAUUUAAUAUGCGAGGCGCUAAUGGAGCACACGUUCGUAUCGAAGAUUCAUAUAAUGGAUUGGUUGAAAGACAAGAACGUCCUCGAUAACUGGUGGAAAUUGGCUAAUAACGAAGCGGAGGACGAUGAUCCAGUUGCUGCGAUCGUGAAACGCUACAAGGGCCGAUUCUAUUUUAAACCGUUGGAAAUACCGAUAGAUAAGCUAUUUUUUAAUUCAAAGUUGUCCCAUUCCGUGUCUAACAACAAUAACAGUAUCGAUUCUGACACGGAUGCUUUCGAUUCCGUGGACCAAAUGAACACAUCUGCCGAUACGACUUCCGUGUCCUAUGAAAGUUUCGUCGAGAACGAGGACAGCCCUUGCACGGGGAAUGAGGUCGCUUUCGUCGACUGCGGAGUUUCGCCCAAGUACCUCGAACCUGAGAAACCUGACAAACCUGAGAUUCCGUUAGUCGGUAACAAACGAGGAAACGGUGCUACAAAUUCUCUUCUUCAAUCUUCGCGUACACUCGCUAAGAAAUUGGAAAAUGAUGAAACACAGUCGAAUUCGAUUGUGCCCAAGGCAGCUGCUAUGUCGUACGGUAACAUAAUAAUCACGCCUAAACGCAAUGUCAAGGAGUUACACACGUGGAGAAAUCCGUUAGAUAAAUGUAACAAAAGUAUAACGCCAAUUAACGUAGUUGCAAAAAGCAAUAUAGACGAUAAGGCGGAUCGAACGUUUUCCGACGACGCGUCGAACGCGGCAGAUCCUUUGUCGAAAACAGAUUCCGACACUGCGGACGCAACGAAAGCAGAUGCGCGUAAACCUAAGCUAAACAAGUUCAAACAAAAUGUACAUAUGUUAGCAGUAGUAAAGUCUGGACAAGCUCUAAUGGCGAUUAAAAGUCCGAAGAACGUUAAGCCGAUUAUUAACAAUAAUAAAAAUAUUGUUCUUAUCACGCAACCAAUUGAGAAGAACGCUGUUUCUAAUAGUACGGAAUCGGCAGUUCGUUUAGUACCUGAAGAGAAAUUAUUAGAGACGAAUCAGGAGAAACUCGCGGAAGCUAAAACUGAAAGCGUUUUGAAAAGUACAACCGGUGGGAUGAAAUACAAGGCGCAUUUUCCUGCGAACAGAGUUACGUGUAGAAAUGAGAAAAAACACGUUACCAAUCAGGCAUAUAAUUUUGCGAAGAACCCGACAAAGGUGGUUCCUACUAUACAAAAAAUGGUGCAAUUAAAAUCGGUGAACGGCGUUCCACCGGCGUUGAUACCUUUAAAUUCCCCCGAAAUAGAGAAUACAUCGAAUAAAGAGAAAUCUAGUUCGUUUCAAGGUGAUGUUAUUACACCUUUAACGCCGUCACCAUCGCCGUCAGAAUUGUCUAGCAGUUCUAGCUGCGACGUCCAGUCGAAGCAGUCUUCGUCCGUGAAAGUCUUUCAAAAAAUUGACACGCUGCCGACGAUACAACAGAACAACGCUGCCGAUGAUGCAAACAACACGUCUGAGAGUUUGCUGUUUUACAAGGGGAACGAUCAAGAAUUGUAUCUCGACGUGAAAUUUUUGAAACAGAAGCCAAUUUUCACGAUCGUCGACACGUUUUCAAUGAUAACUAGAUGCAGGGAGGAAAUGCUGAACGAAUUCUUUCAUCUUCCCCGUUCCGAGCUGAAGAAACGGUCCGAUCACUUGCAAGAGAUCAGCGAAGAAAUAUCGAGGGUGAUGAGUUUCGUAACCGAGAGCGUGAUCAAUGAAAAUUUGAAGGCCGUCCUCAUCUUGCAAACGGUGCUGAAACAUUGUAUCGAAAAAAGUGUAAAGGAUUCUAACAGCAACACGGACGAAGAGGACGUAAUGUCGUACGAUUGGGAAUCCGAGUAUAAACGUGCGGACGAGAAACCGAUUUGCAAAGGAUGUAAUAAAAUUAGGAAGCCCAAGAAUUAUAUACCUGCAUUUUCGAGACCUGCGACGAACGACGUUUACUGUUCUUGCUACAGGCACGUGUGUCACAAAUGUGACACUUACCAGGGUAAUUCGACACGUUUCGUAGCCCAUCAAACUUUUCACGACAAAGAAAAACCGUUUUUGUGUCCCGAUUGUUACCGCAAGUUCACCACCUACAGAUCGUUAGAAGUCCACACGUGGACUACUUGCUUCCAUACUUUGAAGAAACGCGUCCUCGGUUGCAAAGUGUGCGAAGUGGACGGUUUCCAGGACAUGGAAUCCGUCGCCAGGCACUUCGCUCUCAUGCACAGUACUAGUAAAGUAGCGUGUGACAAAUGCCACAUAGUUUUGCCGUCGUAUUCCAAAUACGCGAGACACUACGAAGACAAGCAUUCCGAUGCGGCUGACGCUCAGAAGCAGCCGAUAAGGCUCGUGCUCUGCAAACUCGGCCGAUGUAUCGUCCGUUGCGAGGAUUACAUGUCGCACAUGGAGAAACACUCGGCUGUACAAGUUUUAAUAUGGUUCAAAUGCCCGUUCUGCACGUUCAUCCACGUAGAGGCGCAGCGAAUCAUAUCGCAUCUGCAGAGUACGCACGAGGCACGCCUGCAGGAGCUGAUAAGUUCCCGUUUCUUGCACUCGUUGUUGCGAGCAGAUAAUCCGCAGUUGAAUAAAUUCAUGAACGCGAAUUUCUGCGGAAACGACGGGACCGUCGUGCCGAGAAUCGUAAGCGCUAGAACCAUCACGUCUGAAGUGUUCGAGCGCGGAGCCGACGGACCCGAGGACUACGCGACGGCUGCACAGUUUUCGCAGCAAACUGAUGAUACGUCGUCUUCUUCUUCGUUCAGGUCGAGUAGUUGGCCGAAAAUACUCGACGUUAAAUCAUUGGCUAGUUUAACCAUGAACCGUCCCAGCUAUGGAGAAAAUGGAAUGGAAGAGAGACGUACAAAGUCGUCGGAGAGCGAGGAAACUGAACAGACCGAGAGCGAGAGACUGAUGGGAAUAGAAGAAGAAUCCGACGAGAUUGAUGACGCGCGUAAGGACAAAGCGAGAGUCAGUUCGGAUCCGUCGAACAUCGAAUCGCUUCAAGCAGUGUUGUCGUCGUUGAACAUUGAAAAAGAUCAGGACGAAGAAUCGUGUGACAAGACCGAGAUGACAAAAACGACGGUAUCGGAUGACGCUUCGAGCGACGUUCGAGUAAAACGUCAAUCACUUGCGAAACCUCCGCCGCUCACCAGAAUCCCUGUACACGCGGCUGAAGCGGAUAAACCGAAGAAACUUGGACAGACGCUGACGAAAGCGCGCAGUUAUAAAACGAAGUACGAUCUUCCUCAACGAAUCGCGCUCAACGGUCCUACCGAUUCCGACGAGAUUUACAAUUUCUCGUGCCAUUUAUGCGGGGAGUCUCUGAACACAUCGAAAUCUAUCGUGAAUCGUCAUUUUCGUAGCAAGCAUUCGCAGGACUACAUACUGUUGACGCUGUCUGUGAGCUUACUACGAAUGUCGUACAAGUUCAUCAACGGCGGGUACAAGGAUCUUUUGUGCAACAAAAGACGCAAGACAGAAUAUAUUAACGUGCCAGCCGCGAAACGGAGGCGGAGAUGGACCCCGAAGAAGUACAGCGACGGGAAGAACGGUAAUUUCUCGGGCGUCGGACUGUGCGUGAAGCAAGUGACUGCCAAAGACGGCGAGGGUAAUUUCAGAUGCAAAAAGUGCGACCAAAGCUGUUCGGACAUGGCGAAUCUCAGGGAGCAUAUCGCUUCGAAUCAUAGGAUCAGAGGUCGAUACUUGGUGUGUUUGGAAUGCGGCGACAAUUUUGUAGUCGCGUCCAGUUUGCAAAUGCAUCUGAAAGCGUUCCACGGGAUAGAAGACCCGAUUACUUACAUGGCGCAAAAUACCUCCUACGCUCCCGAGGAUGUCGACAAUCUCGAAUCCGGUGGCAAGUCUAUCGAGGCGAAUCAGUGCCAUGUCUGUAUGGCCGUUUUCGAGGACAAAGCGGCGGUGGACAAGCAUUUGAGAGUUCACGGCAUGGCGUUCUUGAACCGGAAAAGGAUAGAAGCGCAAAACGCUAUGAAGAGUCCGGAGAAGAAAACCGAGGACGAAGAGGAGGCGGAGGAAGAGAAACAGGUGCCGACUAAAACGAGUACGGUGGAAGCAGCAACUCGGAAGGACAAUCCGGCAGAAACUAUCCUGGACAGGAUCGCUGCAACCAUAUAGCUGACGGAGACACGGCUUUCAGAGCUGGAAUCGAUGAAAGAUAGUUUAUAAUUGAUAACUUCCAUCUUUAAAUACGAAGAAAUCUGUGAUUUUACGUUAUCGACAUGCUUAAUCUUCUUGCCUCUACUUCUUUUUCUACUUGAAGUAUAGCAAAAGUUACCGAUUAUACUGUCGUUGUUCAGAUUUUCAGAACAGUGAUCUUCUAUUUUGUAGAUCGGGGCAACAUUUUGUCAAUCGUAUAUUCUCGAUCAUACGACAGUGUAUGUACGCGCUGUAAAGUGAAUACAGUGCAUUAAUUUUCUUAGGUAACGUGAAACGCAGUAAUCUUGUAAAUGUAUACAGUUAAUUAUAGAUACAUUUAUAAUUUAUUUGUCAGACCUUCUGUUCGUUAAUUCAUUAAUCAUGUACACCGUGCUAGGUCGUAAAAAUGUAUUCCCUUAGACUCGCGCAAGUGACCUCCAGCAUCCUAGCAGUUGAUCGAAAACCUCGUACUCGAUAGUACGCGAGCGUUCCUAGCUCUCCUAAGCUACGAGAGCGUGCAAUUUUCAUCGCAACAUUGUAAAUAAUUGCUCUGUUUUAAAAUGAAAUACAACUUUUUGUACUCUACUGAUUCGUAUACAUACAUCGUUAUAUCUGAAAAUAGACGGAAAUAAAAAUAUUCUCAUUUA